UUAGGCAUGCGCAUUGGUAAUGACUGGUACAUGGAAAUAGAACAUAACCUGCCUAAUCUGGUGAAAUUUUAUUAAUAUUAUUUCAAGUUGAGUUUUAUAACAGGAAUAAAUAUUAAAUAAAAGAUGUCGUGGAUAAGUAGAAAAAUUUGGACAUCAUUUACACCCUGGAUGCCACAAGUUACUCAAGUACGUAAUCUUGAGCUUUAUCAUUCAGAGAAACGUGCCAAGGGUCGUCUAGUUAGACGUUAUGGAUAUUUUGAUCCAAUAAAUGCACGUGGAUUGUUACCACGUGAAAGUGAAGAAAGAAUGUACACAUUGCCAGUCUAUCGUCCAAAAGAUCAUUGGUCAGAGAAAAGAGCUUUGUUUGGACAAAAUGAUUACAUUGACAUAUUGGGUAAUGAUGAUCUUCAUCCCACUAGGAUUCUCUACAAUGUACCGUCUUGGCUGAGAGGUGUAAAAGGCAAUGAAUUUCAAGUAUUGUUGAGGAAAGAAAAAAUUUGGUCUAAAGGAAUUUUUCCAUUUGCUAGACCAACUAGAUGGAAAAGUAUCAAAAAACAAAUUAAAUUUUUACAUAGAUUUCUUAAUACAAAAACUAGAAAUAAAGUAUUUUAAUUUA